AUGGCGCCCGUCCAAGAGGCAGACGCCUACUACAGCGCCGGGCCCCCCCUGGACGGCGGAUCGACCCCAGCCGCCCUCGCCGGCGACGACACCUCGUCCGCGGGCGUCGAGGUCGGCAUCAUCGUCGCCGUGCUCGUGGUUAUCUUUGCUUUGGUGGGCGGCAUGUUCGUCUGGCGGGCCCGCAAGCACCGCCGGCCGGCCGAGAGCGUCCGCGACGACGACGACGACGACGACGCCUCCUCCGCCUUCCCCAUGACCGCGCCUGCCCGCCGCAACGACGAGGAGGCUGCCGCCCAGCCCAACGGCGGCGGCGGCGACACGCGCGACAAGGCAGGCAAGACGGACGACGCACGCCCCGAGACCAGCCGCGCCGGCUCCGCCAAGCCCGACGACAGCUCUUCCCUCGAGCAGCCCGGCGCCGGCAAGCCCGACGCCGAGCCCAGCCCCAGCCCCACGUGGAACAGCUGGGUCACUGUUCGACGGGCCAAGCGCGUCGGGGGUACAUACGCCCAGAUCUGA